GACGGAAGCGCACUUCCGGUGCCCUUUCUCCCGCGAGCUCUAAGGCCGCCAAUCCUCGUGUGCGAGGCGAGGUCUGUAAACUGGAGUGGGGUAGGAGCUGGCGGGCACCCCCUCCUGACCGCUGGUGCCGCCGCCUUCAGGAGGAUCAGACAUGGCCCAGAACUUGAAGGACUUAGCGGGACGCCUGCCCGCCGGGCCUCGGGGCAUGGGCACGGCGCUGAAGCUGCUGCUGGGGGCCGGGGCGGUGGCCUACGGCGUCCGCGAGUCCGUGUUCACCGUGGAAGGUGGUCAUAGAGCCAUCUUCUUUAAUCGUAUUGGUGGCGUGCAACAGGACACCAUCCUGGCCGAAGGCCUUCACUUCAGAAUCCCCUGGUUCCAGUACCCCAUCAUCUAUGACAUUCGAGCCAGACCUCGAAAAAUCUCCUCCCCCACAGGCUCCAAAGACCUGCAGAUGGUGAACAUCUCCCUGCGGGUGCUGUCUCGACCCAAUGCCCAGGAGCUCCCCAGCAUGUACCAGCGCCUCGGGCUGGACUACGAAGAGCGAGUACUGCCGUCCAUUGUCAACGAGGUGCUCAAGAGUGUGGUGGCCAAGUUCAAUGCCUCGCAGCUGAUCACCCAGCGCGCUCAGGUGUCCCUGUUGAUCCGAAGAGAGCUGACAGAACGUGCCAAGGACUUCAGCCUCAUCCUGGAUGAUGUAGCGAUCACAGAGCUAAGCUUCAGCAGGGAGUACACAGCUGCUGUGGAAGCCAAGCAAGUGGCCCAGCAGGAAGCCCAGCGGGCCCAGUUUUUGGUGGAGAAAGCAAAGCAGGAACAGCGACAGAAGAUUGUGCAGGCUGAGGGGGAGGCGGAGGCUGCCAAGAUGCUUGGAGAAGCCCUAAGCAAGAAUCCUGGCUAUAUCAAGCUCCGAAAGAUCCGGGCCGCCCAGAACAUCUCUAAGACGAUUGCCACGUCACAGAACCGAAUCUAUCUCACAGCUGACAACCUUGUGUUGAAUCUACAAGAUGAAAGUUUUACUCGGUAAGAGAUCCCACUGGACAGAGAGCAAAGCACCUAUGUCUGCUCCCCUGGAAUCUGGAAUCUGUGCAGUCACCAGAGCCAUUGACAGUUUUUCUGAACACCAGUCAGAAAAGUGGGUGUCUGUCUGGUUAGCAGGUCCUGUCUUGCAUCUUCUAGGACUGACUUUAUAAAGCAAAGCAGGAUGUCUUAUGGGAAAGGCACUUUAUUUAUAAAUAUUUAAAUGAGAAGUGACGGCUGGUAGAGGUCUCACGUGAGAACCUGACUGUAGACCGCAGAGAUAGUGGUGAAGAGCCGUCCUCACUGGGGAGCAAAGGGGUCUAGAGCAGCUGGGCCUGCAGCUAACUAUCAUAUAUUUCUCUUCUUACAUAUCUCCUGCUCACUUCAUGACAUGCUGGCUACAGAGGAAGGUAAGUGACUGCCUCCUUGCUAUGGGGUCCUGGGGGCCAUCCGCUUCCUGGACCUGCCCUUGCACCUCCCCUAUCUUCCCAUAGUCAUUUAGGAAGAAGGGAUGACUUGGGGUGUUCUGCACCUCACACUUAAGUCGCCAAUAUUAGGCAUGUUUCCUCUGUUCUGCAGUGACAGCCUCAUUAAGGGUAAGAAAUGAGCACAGAACGCCACCGCUGGAGAAGUUGGAAGAGCCAGCUCAGGGGUCAGGCGCACCCCACCCUGACCCAAGCAUCAUGUGACGGAUUCUUCUGUAUCUGCCCUCUUGGAUUAAGGAAGACUGAAGACCAUCCCUCUCAGAGGGUGUUCCUCCUUCCUGGGUUGGCUGGGAAGCGGGGAUGGGACAGUGUGAUUCUCGGUGAUUUCCUACAAUGUUGUCCUUCCCUAGAAUGGGGGGAGAUAACCACCAUGCCAGGAAUUCUCAAUAAAAUUUUUAUUACUUAAACUAAA